AUGGCUGCCGUGUGUGCCACUGCUGUCGAGAAUGCUGCAGUGUAUCGCUUUGGCGAGCGAAACACCCAGGAUCAAACAGUAUUGCUUUCUCAAAAGGAUUCCAUAUAUAACCUUGCAGAUGAAUUCGAUGUGUCUGAUUUCUACGAGUUGGACAAGCUGGACAACGCUGAAGCUUUAGGGGUUGGAAAAAGUAUGUCCUGCGACAGAAAGGAUGGUAACCAACUGGUAUUGAUAGUCAAUGGAGUCGAUGAACCACAAGCAUUCUUCGAGCAUAUAAAGCCAAUAAUUUUGGUGGAGGGAAAAGAUGAUCAUUCAUCAUACGAAUUUAGAAGGUUCCUUUCCGAACUUCCAUCUCAGAUGAAAGCACUCAACUCAAAUCUCAAGCUGAGCAAGCUGUCAGGUCACAUCUCUAUUCUUGGCCAGAAUAUUAACAAGGCGCUCUCCGAAACAUGGUCCAGGGUAUUCCACGACAAGGAGCACGAUUCAAUAUCAUUGUUUUGGAGGGAGAUAUCUAGCAAUUACGAAGGCUUGCAGUUUUCCAAAAGGUCGCUAGACAUCAUAGGUGACGAAGAAUUUAUUAACGAGUUAACUCAACUGGAGUUUCUGCUUAAAAAGGAGCUUGUUACAACAGACGACAAAAUCAUUGUCAAUCUUCAGUCAUUGACCAACAUUUACAGGAAAACGGGAAAGAAUUCGCAGGCUUACCAAACUUGUAAAAAGCUUGUGAGCAAGCUGAUAAGCUCACUGCUGGAAAACAGUGUGAAGUAUGAUUCAACAAUUGUGGUGAUGCCAUUGCAACAACAGACCAUAACUAUGAAAAUCAAUGAUGACGCCAAACAGGGGUUUUCUCUAACAAAAAGAGACUCUUCCACUGUGUUCGCUAGCGCGAAUGGAUGCUUCAGCUCCCAGGAAGAUUGUCUGGACUCUACUUCGACGUGUUCUGGGCACGGACUGUGCUCAAAGGUGGGUAAGUGCUGGAAAUGUGUUUGCUCUGCCACUCAGGACUCGUCAACUGGCAGGACCACCAAAUGGACAGGUGCUUCGUGCCAGAAAAAGGACGUCAGCGCUGAAGCGAAUUUGUUCUUGUGGACAACAGUCGUCCUCCUUUUCGUGUUUGCUGCUGGUAUUAAGCUACUUGUCAGCUGUGGCAAUGAGGAGCUACCUGGGGUGCUAAUUGCUGCUACCGUUCCUACUAAGAAAACGAUGUAA